AUGAAUAUAGAUAAAAAGAGAGGUAGUUUCCAGAUAACCAGCGUGACUUUGGACUUUGACCGGGCGUCUCUGGAGUCCUCCUACCGGGCCGCCUUCUCUGACUGUGCCGAUGAGCCUCCCCAGCAGCCUGCAGGGAAUUCACUGGCCACUGGGGGACAGGGUAGCGCACACGCCACUUCUCUCAACCCUGAGCUGCCCACUGGUGCCUGUCUAGGGACUGUGUGUAGCAAUUAUGUUGAAGAGUCUGUGGGGUCCUUGCCACCAUCACCAUCUUCACCACCCUCUGGUGCUGAAAACACAGUAGCCGGCUUGGUGGGGGCAGGUGAGGGGUGCUGUAGUGGGCCUGGUUUUUUGGAUGUGCCCAGAGCUAGUCUGUACCACCUCAGCUCCAGCCAGCCCUGCAGCCCCCUGUCUGUUAGGAAGCAGGUGUACCUGGAGCCAGGCGGGGCAAGCUGCUGGCUGCCCAUCUCUUCCCCUCAUUCCCCGUCACGGUUCAGAGUGGUCCGGCUGGGACAGGGCCUGGGCGAGCCUUACUGCCGUGGACGCUGGACCUGCACGGACUUCCUGGACCGUGAUGGGUGGGACAAAGAGGGACUUCUGGGGGUAACAGAGAGCAUGCGGCACGCCCACUCUCUGGACUCACUGGAGGUGGCGGGCUUGGGUGCGUCUGGCUGCAAGAGAGCAGUGUUUAGGCCUCUGGUGCAUGUCAACGCUCUCAACGCAAGGCACAUGGUCGGCUUGCCAGGAACUGUGGGCAUUUUUCCAACCGAUGUCAAAUCCAGUGCAGGCUCAGCUGGAAUGCCCGAAGCAGAUUCUCUGGCAGGACACCUUGCUUUGAACGCCUCAAUCAAUUCUCCCUCCCUUGAGCCUGCGGAGCAGUUUAGAAUUCAACUUGAAGAUGGGUCGUCCGCUCCCUUCAUCUCCCUCAUCUCCGGUGUCUCCCUCCAAAACCAGCAGGAUCACUUUCCUUUACUGUCAGCCUCCGGCCUCCUCCCCUUAACCCAGUGGCCUGGCCGAAACCCGCCUGCGCUGCACCUGGACCAGAACCUCAAGCCUGACUCAUUGGCCACCACCCAGAAGCAAGUUGGAGGCUUCUACCAUGAUGUUGGCCCCAUUCAUGCUUCGUCUGCUUUCAGCCUGGCCCAGUCCAUGUUUGGAGCUGGGGGUGCAUUUGACCUGGACAGUGAAAGUGGCUCUAGUAAAAGCAUGAUGGCAAUCGACAGUAAAAUCGAGCAGGCCAUGGACCUGGUGAAGACCCAUCUGAUGCUUGCAGUGCGAGAGGAAGUGGAGCUGCUACGGGAGCAGAUUGCGGAACUUACAGAGAGGAACACACAACUGGAGAGAGAGAACUACAUCCUGCGCACCAUGAGAGAAAGAGACUGAGAGAGGAAGAGAGACAACUACAUCCUGCGCACCAUGAGAGAAAGAGACUGAGAGAGGAAGAGAGAGACAACUACAUCCUGCGCACCAUGAGAGAAAGAGACUGAGAGAGGAAGAGAGACAACUACAUCCUGCGCACCAUGAGAGAAAGAGACUGAGAGAGGAAGAGAGAGACAACUACAUCCUGCGCACCAUGAGAGAAAGAGACUGAGAGAGGAAGAGAGAGACAACUACAUCCUGCGCACCAUGAGAGAAAGAGACUGAGAGAAGAAGAGAGACAAUUACAUCCUGCGCACCAUGAGAGAAAGAGACAGAGAGGGAGAGAGAGAGAGAAUUACAUCCUGCGCACCAUGAGAGAAAGAGACUGAGAGAAGAAGAGAGAGACAAAUACAUCCUGCGCACCAUGAGAGAAAGAGACAGAGAGGGAGAGAGAGAGAGAACUACAUCCUGCGCACCAUGAGAGAAAGAGACUGAGAGAAGAAGAGAGAGACAAAUACAUCCUGCGCACCAUGAGAGAAAGAGACAGAGAGGGAGAGAGAGAGAACUACAUCCUGCACACCAUGAGAGAAAGAGACUGAGAGGGGAAGAGAGAGACAAUUACAUCCUGCGCACCAUGAGAGAAAGAGACAGAGAGGGAGAGAGAGAAAACUACAUCCUGCACACCAUGAGGGAAAGAGACUGAGAGAGGAAGAGAGAGACAACUACAUCCUGCGCACCAUGAGAGAAAGAGACUGAGAGAGGAAGAGAGAACUACAUCCUGACUGAGAGAGGGAGAGAGAGAGAACUACAUCCUGCACACCAUGAGAGAAAGAGACUGAGAGAGGAAGAGAGAGAGAACUACAUCCUGACUGAGAAAGGGAGAGAGGGAGAACUACAUCCUUUGCACCAUGAGAGAAAUAGUAAAGGAGAACACAUUCACACACAUCCUAAGAGAAAGGGAAAUUGCAUCCUACCAUUAUGAUAGAUGGAUUGAACAGAUGUUACAGACCCUGUAUACCUACAUCAUACAGACCAGGAGAGAAGAAGGGGAGAGAUAUAUUUGAUUGACCCUCCAAGUCUACAUGUAUACUUUUGUGAAAAAACAACAACAACAACAACCAAGUACACACCUAUGUCCACAGAUUGUCUGUAAAGAAAAAUGUCCAUGUUCCUGCCUAUAAGAAAUGUAAUCUUCCAAGAAAUUAGCAGAAUGCGAUUCAAAUGGCAUGCCUCACCACCAGAUUGCUAGCUGACGCAGAAAAAAUGGAGCACUGUGUCAGUUAUCUACUUUCCAGCAGAAUUCCCUGUCUUUUCUCAGUAGUAAUACACAACACAUUUUCCACAAAAGCCAUAAUGUAAAUGAGCAUAAUGUAAGAGAGAACGGAGGGGACAGAAACACUGUUGUGCAGUCCCGGAGAGCGGACUGAGAAAGAACUAUUCUAUGGACACUACGAGAAUUAAUGGGGACUGCAAUAGCUGAUCUUUCUGCAGCUGUGAAGCAGAUGUGGGGAAGUAGGGCUGUAUCUGUUUUGGAUUUCAUGCCAACUUCUCCUGUUAUAUAAUGACACUAACCGUUUAUGUAAUCUGGUAUUUUAGCUACAUCUCUUGAUGAGCAGAAGUCUGUUCUUGCAUACCGAUACGAAACAAUUUACUGGGAUCAUCUGUGAGUGAAUAAACAUCAUCGUGUACAGCUAAAUAGCUAAUGAGCAAGUGUAAUUGCUGGAAACAAUCCUGCAUACACACCCGUCCCGACUAGGGGGAGUUCCCCACUAUGGGUGUAAACCAGUAAAACUACCUGUACCUGUAUUUAGAUAGAAACCCAGAAUGAAAUGUGUAUUUCCCAAGAAAACUGACCCUUUCUGUUGUU